AUGGCCCCAAAAACACCCAGAACUUACAAAAACCCCCAGGAACCCCUCACGAAGGUUUAUACGCAGCAUGAGGACCCCAUCACCUUCAUCGGCAUCUCCCAGGGGUUCGUGGACCUGCGGCCGCACAAACACCCUAAAAUGUGGAGGAAGAAACACCCCUGUAGUGAGGAAAGACCCACCCUGUGCCGGGAAGGCGGCCGGAGAUCCAGCCAGGGCUCUGAGCUGGUGGUCCAUGAGCAGCUUCAGGAUGGGGAGAAGCCCUACAAGUGCUUGGAGUGUGGGAAGAGCUUCAGCCAGAGCAACAGCCUGAUCUGCCACCAGAUGAUCCACACUGGGGAAUGGGCCUACGAGUGUGGGGAAUGUGGGAAGGGCUUCAGCUGCAAAUCCAACCUCAUCAUCCACCAGCGUAGCCACACUGGGGAGAGGCCCUACGAGUGUCCUGAGUGUGGGAAGAGGUUUCAGAGGAGCUCCACUCUCCUCAGGCACCAGCAGAUUCACACGGAUGAGAGGCCCUUCCUCUGCCCCAACUGUGGGGAGGGCUUCAAGCAAAACUCCCACCUCAUCACCCACCGGCGCAUCCACACUGGGGAGAGGCCCUACGAAUGUGGGGAAUGUGGAAAGAGCUUCACUCAGAGCUCCAGCCUGAUCCUCCACCAGAGGAUCCACACCGGGGAACGUCCCUACAAGUGUGGGGAAUGUGGGAUGACCUUCAGCCAGAGGUGCCAAUUUACCAUCCACCAGAUGAUCCACACUGGGGAGAGGCCCUACGAGUGUCCCAAGUGUGGGAAGAGGUUUCAGACCAGCUCCACUCUCCUCCUGCACCAGCGGAUUCACACGGAUGAGAGGCCCUUCCGCUGUCCUGACUGCGGGGAGGGCUUCAAGCGAAACUCCACCCUCAUCACCCACCGGCGCAUCCACACUGGGGAGAGGCCCUAUGAGUGUGGGGAAUGUGGGAAGAGCUUCAUCCAGAAAUCUCACCUGACCCAACACCAACAAAAGCACCACUAA